AUGUUGGGACGCCUCGACUUCGAGAACGACGCGGUCGCCUGGCGCGCUGCAAACCCGUCCUCUUUCGGUUACCACCAUGGGCCUGUGCCAUACUGGCAUCAGCAACAGAUAACGAAUGCGAAUGCUAACGGCGGGAACCACCGUCCAUCCUUUCCUCCGGUAACAGUAUCAAAAGUCAACACGGGCGUGUGCGAUGUCAAGCUUGACUCCACAGGCAGCAUCUGUGGAAGGGUCUGCCGCGACCAACCUUCUCUGCAAUGCCACCUGCGGGAUGCCCACCCAGGAGCAGCGAGCAGCCCCACGGGAGUCAAUAUAACUGUAAUAGAGGAGCUGCAAGGGGAGAACGCCCUCAAGACAUGGGUGCUGACAGGCGGGUGGCGCGAUGCAAGGGAGGACGCGGAUUUCAGGAGGAAAUUUGGCGAAAAUUCCCACCGCCGGAUAAUACACGAGAACCCCGGAUUCCAGCCUGGGAGGCAGAGCCGGUCGAGGGCUCGACAACUCGAGGCGGAGGCCGAGGCCGCCGCACCACAAUCACAGCGUGACGGACCAGGCCGAACUGCAUGGCCGAGUCCCCGAAGGAGAAGUCAGACUCGCGUGCUAUAUGAACAGGGCCAAGAUUCGGUUUUCGUAUCAGAUGGUGAUGAGGUGGGGGCCGUGAGCGUGAAGUCUGAAGGGUCGCCCUAG